AACAAAACGCUAAAUGCACAUCUUCACGCUUGGUUGCCACACAGACUGGCAGCACUGCCGCGAUAAGCAGCUGUCAACACAACUGACAACCACAUCACACCUGUUCUGUCACAUUGGCCCCGUGCAGCAAUCGCCGUGAGAAAAAGCACGAAAUCACAUCGUAUCGCACCGGGAGGAGGGAUCUCGUCCAAUUUCAACCCCAUUUUCAUCACACAAAACGGCCGCAGAAAAUGGUGCGUUCUGCGGUGCUGGGUUUGGCGCUGGGGCUCCUGCUGGCGGUGGUGGUGCAGCCCGGCACGGCCAACGAAGUGUUCGGCUGUGGGGGUUUUGUGAAAAAUGUUAACUCCGAACUGGAUCUCAGCAAGGUGGAGGUCGGCCUAUUCACCCCACAGGGCAGCUUAAAGAUCAAAACGGAAUGUUCACCGUCGAACGGGUACUACUUCAUCCCGGUGUAUGAUAAGGGCAGCUAUGUGCUGAAGGUGAUACCACCACCCGGUUGGAGCUUCGAACCGGAACAGGUGGAAAUCAAGUUCGACGGCCAGACGGACGUGUGCAGCCAGGGCAAGGAUGUGAACUUCCUGUUCAAGGGGUUCGGCAUUACCGGGCGCGUCGAGUUCCAGGGUGCAGCGGAGGCUGGGGCGCGCAACGUGCGGGUCGAGCUGGUGGCAGAGGACGGGAGCCGUAUCGGUCAAACGAUCACGAACGGAAACGGUGUGUUUUCGUUCACACCGAUCAAACCGGGCCGAUAUGUGGUGAAGGUCCAGCACCAGCGGUGGCACUUUGAGCGCCCGGAGUACAAGGUAACGGUGGCCUCGGGCAACACCGAGAUCCCGGCCGGAUCGCUCGUCGUGGCGGGCUUCGAUGUGGAGGGUAGCGUGUUCAGCGAUGGUCAACCGUUCGCUGCCGUCGGAUUCCUGCUGUACAGCAGCCAAGGCCAAAAAUCGACUGCCAAAUGCUCUUCCGAAACCGUGCCAUCCGUACCGAACGCCGCCAACAAAGCGUACGAGACGAACCCGCUCUGCUUUGCCACACCGAACAAAAACACCGGCCAGUAUCUGUUUGCGGGCGUGCCCCGCGGCAAGUAUCUCGUCCGGCCGCACUUUAGCGACAGCAAGAUCAAGUUCCACAUUCGCCCCGAAGCCGUCGAGCUGGUGGUCGGCAACGAUGGUGUGCGGGUGAAGGAAAACUUCGAAGUGACCGGGUUCAGCGUGUCGGGUCGCGUGCUGCGCUCCCCCAACGGUGCCAGCGUAGCGAAUGCGCGGGUCAAGCUAAAUGGGCGCGAAAUUGCCACCACCGGGCAGGAUGGUGCGUACACGCUGGAAAACAUCCAGCCCGGCACGUAUACGAUUCAGGUGCAGGCGGACGAUCUGCAGUUUAAGGACCACAUCGUGAAGGUGUCGCUCGCCAACCCGUCGCUGCCGGAUGUGCUCGUGUCCGGGUUUAAGGUGUGCGGGCAGGUCGUGUCGAAGAAGGCGCACCGCGUCGCGAUCACCAAGAAAGCGUCCACCAUGAUGGUGGAGGUGACGAGCAGGGAAGGUAGCGGGGAGUGGUGCACGUACCUCGAGAAUGGCGCGUACACGGUGCAGGUGCUGACGAGCGAUGCGGAGCACGCGAGCGGCAUUCAAUUUUUCCCCGUCACGCAAACGAUCGAGGUCAACUAUUCGCCGGUAGAGGGGAUCGUGUUUUCGCAGCUGCGUGCCACCGUUACGGGUGAGGUGCGCUGCUUGGGAAGGCGGGAAUCGUGCGGUGAGCUUGCGGUGACGCUGCAAGCACUCGAUGGUAGUGGAAAUGCCGUUGGACAGGCUGUAAAUGCGGCCGUAUCGGAUGCCGGGAGCUACAGCUUCCAGAAUGUGCUUCCGGGCAGCUACGAAGUGAGCGUCCCGAGCUCGAAGCUCUGCUGGCAAUCGAACACGGUGAAGAUUAACAUCAAGACGGCCAAGGAGUCGGUGCCGGCCUUCGUGCAGACGGGCUACAUCGUGUCGAUCCUGUCGAGCCACGGUGCAACCAUGGCUUACCGGUAUAAGGACACCGCCGCACGGGAGGAAGCGGCGGCCGCCCCGAGCAAGGAGGAAGAGAUCGUACUGACCGCCGGCAUGAACAUGUUCUGCGUGAAGCGUGCCGGUACGUACGAGAUGCGCUUGAGCGGAUGCCAUCGGUUUGAGGAGGCGACGGCGACUGAAUUCAGUACCGCCAGCACCGUUCCCAUCUCGGUCAAUGCCAAGAGCCACCGGAAUGUGGUGAAGCUGGUAGCGGAGGCGAAGGAACAGUACCGUGUCCGGGUGGUACGUGAUGGCGAUUCGACCGGGGAGCUUGUCGAGCUCGAACUGACCGAUGGACGGGCUGAUGGAGGGUACGUGUAUCGGAAGGAGUUUUUCCUCGAGCACGGUGAGCGCGUCACGCUUGUCCCGCAGAGCGAAAUCAUGCUGUUCAACCCAACGCAGCUGGUAGUGACGGGUGGAAGCGACUGUGCGGACGUUUCAACGAAGCUGAGAGCGACCAAAGGACUGCUGAUCAACGGACGCACUGAUCCCCCGGUGAAGGAUGCGACCAUUACGCUGCUCUUCCCGAAGAAUGCCGAUCUCGCAUCGCAGGUAGCGCUCACCGACGAGCGUGGCGAGUUCCGGUUCGGUCCAAUCGAUCCAUCCCUCGCGGUGGAACUGUCCGCCGAGAAGGAAUCGUACGUGUUUUCCGCCUUCGAUCGCACCACCAGCUCGUUCAGCGGUCACAAGCUGUGCGAAAUCAUCGUCACGGUAAAAGAUGACGCAGGUAACCGGUUGGCGGGCGUGCUGCUCUCCCUGUCCGGCGCGGAAAGCUACCGCAAAAACAUGGUCACCGGUGAGGACGGUACGAUCAAGUUCCACUCGCUGUCGCCCAGCGAGUACUAUCUGCGCGCGAUGAUGAAGGAGUACGAGUUCCGGCCCAACUCGCGUCUAAUCACGGUGCAGGAGGGUGCGACCGUGCAGGAGGAGCUGGUCGGCCAGCGGACACAGUUUUCCAUCUACGGUUCGCUCACCUCGCUCAACGGUGAACCGUUCCCGAAUGUGGCGGUCGAGGCGGUGUCGGAUGAGUCGUGCGGUAGCGUGCUCGAGGAAGCGACGAGUGAGUUUAACGGUCAGUAUCGUAUCCGCGGUCUAACGCCCGGCUGCCAGUAUCGGGUGCGCGUGCGCACUGGCACCGGACCGACGGCGGCCGUGGAUCGAUCCAUUCCGCGCGAGCGGCUCGUAACGGUCGGGAAGGCGGACACGCGUGACGUGAAUCUGAUCGCGAUCAGUCCGCUCGCGUUCGUCGAUGUGACGGUGCGCGUGGUUGCGUCGCAGAACGAACACUACAAGACGCUCAAGAUUGCCCUGUACCGGAAGGGAAGUGAUUCGCCCGUGCACACGCAGCGCAUCGAGCCACCGCUCAACCCGAAGUCCAAGAUUAACCCAGGCAUUAUGGUGUUCUUCCCGCGCAUACCGUUCGACGGCAAGAGCUACCACAUCGAGCUGACGAGCACGCUGUCGGAGAAGAGCUACCGCUACAGCCUGUCGGCGGUGUCGUUCGUGGCGAACGCGAGCAGCUUCUACGCGGAGCUGCCGUUCGAGCCGGAGCUGCGUACGGCCGAGGGCGAUCUCAACCAGAGCUCCCUGUCCGCGAUCGUGCUGAUCGCGCUGAUCGGGUUCGUGUUCUUCAAGCAGGAGCUGGCGUUCGAGCUGCUCGGCAUGGCCUGGGCGAAGGUGGGCACACUGGCCGGUGGUGCGAUGAGCAACCGGCGCCCUACCGGCAAGGAGCAGAAGAACGAUGGCGGACACAUCGAUACGCGCGACAUUGACGUCCUUGCGUCGACCAUCGAUGGAAUGAAGAAGAAGAAAACCAAAAAAGUGUCCUAGAAAAGGCCUGCGUCAUCGGUAGAGAGGCAAUCAUCGUGUAGCACGGAAAGAGGGGUGUGUUGUAGUCAGACAUGAAUCAUUUCGAAGAAAAAUAAAGGGACGACAUGGUGUGGUGUGUGGUAGUAAUGAAAAAAAA